AUGAAGUUUCUCAGUUCCAUCACUGCAUUCACCAUCCUUGCCUCAGUGGCAUCCACGUCCCCCACCCCCGCCAACCUCAUUCCCCGCGCCUGCACCACCAUCGCCCCAACAGCCAUCGACGUCCUCGACAGCGCAAACCCAAACACCCCAAGCACCGGACAGCAGUUCUCCCUCGCCAGAACAGCCACUGCAAACACCAAAAUAUCCGCCCUCACCUUCACAGGCAUCCCCGACGACGCUACAGGUUGUAUGCUCGCCAUCGACAUCCCGGCCCUGGCACAGCCCAUUGCGACGGGCUCCAGCCAAGCAGAUAUCUGGACUACCAAUUCCUGGGACUUGAAUUCCCCUCCUACCUGGAACAAUCAGCCUACUCGGCGGGAGAUGGUGUCGACGUUCCAGUUCCCAACUUCGCCAACGACAUCCCCAUUCCAUACGAUCCUCGCGUCGAACACUUGCUCGAACAAAAUGAGCUUCCUGGCGUUGCAGUCAACGUGGCAGACUUCACCUGGGAGUGUGGACUUCCAGAAUUCUAUCGGCGGGAGUCAGCCGAUUGGUUUUAGCUUGGUGUAUGGUUGUUAG